UUUGCGUUUGGAAUUUCUCGUCCAUUUGGUUUUUGUCUUCACCCAAUAAAGUUGAUACAACUACAAAAUGGCGGACGCAGCUCCAGCCCGUAGUGGAUUCCGAGGUGGUUUUGGCUCUCGCGGUGGUCGUGGUGGACGCGGUCGUGGCCGUGGACGCGGCGCACGCGGUCGUGGUGGCAAGGAGGACUCGAAGGAGUGGGUGCCAGUCACCAAGCUGGGUCGUUUAGUCCGUGAGGGCAAGAUCAAGUCGCUGGAGGAGAUCUAUCUGUACUCGCUGCCCAUUAAAGAGUUUGAGAUCAUUGAUUUCUUCUUGGGAUCAUCCCUUCGCGAUGAGGUGCUCAAGAUCAUGCCCGUCCAGAAGCAGACGCGUGCUGGUCAGCGUACCCGUUUCAAGGCCUUUGUUGCCAUUGGCGACAACAACGGUCACAUUGGCUUGGGUGUCAAGUGCAGCAAGGAAGUCGCAACCGCUAUCCGUGGUGCCAUCAUCCUGGCCAAGCUCUCUGUGGUGCCCGUCCGUCGUGGCUACUGGGGCAACAAGAUCGGCAAACCCCACACCGUGCCCUGCAAGGUAACUGGCAAGUGCGGUUCCGUCUCGGUGCGUCUGAUCCCAGCUCCCCGUGGUACUGGCAUUGUGUCUGCCCCCGUUCCCAAAAAGCUGUUGACCAUGGCUGGUAUUGAGGAUUGCUACACAUCCGCUCGUGGCUCCACUGGCACUCUGGGUAACUUUGCCAAGGCUACCUAUGCUGCCAUUGCCAAGACCUACGCCUAUCUGACCCCAGACUUGUGGAAGGAGAUGCCUCUGGGCUCCACACCCUACCAGGCAUACUCUGACUUCCUGUCCAAGCCAACGGCUCGUCUGCAUGCCGAUGCUUAAGAUCAUUGCGAACCAGAUGUUUUAAAUAAAGAGCAAAAACGUCAUACCAAUAUUA